AUUUUAUGCCAUUAGUGUAAAUGUCUACUUUUGAACACAACGCGUGAAAUACUUACAGGCCGCUAUAACCACGAUUUACAGCAUUUUCAAGAUAAAAACAAUCCCAUUUGCUGCGACGUAUUUUUUUUUACAAACAGAUCGAUUUGUUUCGAGCAAAAUGUCCGGAGUUUUAUUUGAAGAUAUUUUCAAUGUGAAAGACAUGGAUCCAGAAGGUAAAAAGUUCGAUCGUGUUAGUCGUUUGCAUUGUGAAUCCGAAUCAUUCAAAAUGGAUUUGAUUUUGGACAUCAAUUCAUGGCUUUAUCCCAUGGAAUUGGGUGAUAAAUUUCGUUUAGUUCUCGCCACAACACUGCGCGAAGAUGGUUAUCCAGACAGCGGUGAAUACAAUCCAAUCGAAACAGAAGAUUCACGUGCUGAUAGCUUUGAAUAUGUAAUGUACGGAAAGAUUUACCGAAUUGAAGGUGAUGAAGCACAUAAUGAGGCAUCCAGUCGAUUAUCAGCAUAUGUAUCAUACGGUGGUCUUUUGAUGCGACUUCAAGGCGAUGCAAACAAUUUACAUGGCUUCGAAGUCGAUCAACACAUUUAUCUUCUAAUGAAAAAAUUAGCAUUUUGAUCAAAUUAUUGCAUACUUCAUGUAUUUUCCUUCUUUUUUUUUUUGCUUAAGUAUAAUAAAUUACAUUUAAAGAAGUUUUAAUGACGUAAA